AUAUUUAUUUCAUUCGAAACAUUUGACACAUAUCUAUCAAAGUAUCAAUCAAGUCAGAAGAGUUUAGGACGACCCCAAUAAAUAGAGCUUUCAUAGGGUAAUUUCAUGAAGAAUUAUUGUUUCACAAGCAAAUGGAUCUCAUCAUCUCAGUCUUUUUAGUCUAUUACCUUCCAUUAUUUGUUCUUUGUUUCUUCUCAAUCAAGUUUUUCAUUUCCAUCACGAGGAAACCCUCCGCAUCAUCAAAACUCCGGCGGCCUCCAAGCCCGCCGGCGCUUCCUGUCCUCGGCCAUCUCCAUCUCCUCCGUUCAGGACUAUCCAAAUCGCUCCACUCCUUAGCCACAAACUAUGGCCCCCUUAUCAGAAUCCAAAUGGUUUCAGAAACUUCAGUCGUGGUUUCUAAUUCCGCCGUGGCAAAGGAAAUGUUAAAAGACAACGAGAUGAAUUUCGUCUCGAGGCCAGACGUUAGCGGAUCGUCGGACUAUAACAUCUACAAGGGCUCCUCUUUUGUGUUUGCGGAAUACGGGGAUUAUUGGCGUUUCUUGAAGAAGCUUUGCAUGACGGAGCUACUUUCCGUUUCGCAAAUUGCCCGUUUCGCCGAUAUUCGGAGGGAAGAGAAGAUGAAGCUGCUGGAAAAUCUUUUCCGGUGUUCGGAAGAAGGGAAAAUUUGUGAUCUCGGGAAGGAACUUGUGGGGUUGACUAAUAAUAAUAUAUGCAGGAUGGCUAUGAGUACCAGAUGUUCUGGAAGUGAUAAUGAAAGUGACAAGGUGUGGAAUUUUGUUAAAGGGGUUGAAGCGUUGACACUGAAGUUUAGUUUGGGCGAAUUAUUGGGUCCUUAUUUGAGCAAACUUGAUUUAUUUGGGUAUGGGAGAAAGAUGAAGGAGUUGCUAUUGGAGUUCGAUGAAUUUGUGGAGAAGGUGAUUGUUCAACAUGAGCUGGAUUUGAAGUCUGGUAAUAAGAAGGGCAAGAAGAAAGAUGACAUGGAUAUUCUGCUGGAAAUUUGUAGGGAUGAAAAUGCUGAAAUCAAAUUCACCAGAAGGCAAAUCAAGUCUUUUCUAUUGGAACUAUUCAUGGCGGGCACCGACACGACCAGUGUAGUAUUACAAUGGGCAAUGGCAGAAUUAAUAAACCACCAGACCAUAUUCAACAAGCUCAAGGAGGAAAUCAAUGGAGUUGUUGGAAGCAAAAGGCUAGUUGAGGAAUCAGACAUCCCGAAUCUUCCAUACUUGCAAGCAGUCGUUAAAGAAACCCUAAGGUUACAUCCUUCAGCACCCUUAAUUUUUCGAAGAUGUGACAAAGACUGCAAGAUCAAUGGCUACGAUCUACUCGCAAACGAGCGUAUAAUAAUUAAUCUGAAUGCCAUUAUGAGGGAUCCCAAAUGUUGGGAAAAUCCUCUCAAGUUCAUGCCAGAAAGGUUUACAGAAAAACAUAAACAGUUCGAUCAGUAUCACAUGGAUUUGAAAGGCCAGAAUUUCAGUCUUUUCCCUUUUGGAAGCGGAAGAAGAGGUUGUCCUGGUGCUUCUUUUGCAUUAUCAGUAAUUCAUGUCAUGGUUGCGACACUUGUUCAGUGUUUUGACUUUAAGGUUGAGGGCGAGGAAAAGCUAAACAUGGAAGAAGGGACUGGUUUUUCUGGUGCCAUGGUUCAUCCACUUCUUUGCUUUGUUACCAAUGUUGCACAAUUCAAUCCCUUAAAAUCAUUUUCGCCGAGGAGUUAGCAGUGACACUAGUGAUUAUUUUCAUGAAGUAUACUUCCUCUGUCUCACAACAAUAUUGUCCUAGACUGUUACGUUAUUUCCUAAUAGAAGUUGUAGAGAAAGGCUUAUUUUUAACUUAUUCUGUAUUCCUCCUGGUAAAACUUAUUCUAAAUACUUAUAAUGAUAUAAGAUACUUCCUACGUUCCGAAAUCAUUGGCCAGU